GGGGUCCUCUGUCCCAUCGUCUCUUAUAACAGGAAGAUUGAAGUCGAAGGUGGUUGGCCAAGAUGCCAGAAGAGAUGGCGGACGGUGGGAGGAAGCUUGUGACGCUCGAUGACCUCAUCGAUGCCCUGGACAAGCGCGAGAGGGUGCCAAGCAAUGUCCCAAAAGUCGAGACAUUCCACUUCAAAGGGGAUCGGGUAUCUGAUUGGCUGGAUCUGACAGAGAAGGCGUCGGUGGGACUGUCAGAUGAGGUCAAGCUCCAGGGGGUCCUGAGGUAUGUCUUGCACAGUCACCAUCGGGAAGUAACUAAGGUUGUGGACGCAGCCAGUGGCAGUUGGGCAAAGUUUGGAGACCUAAUGCGAAGGAAGUAUAGGCUGGGGGACGGCCUGUUGACCAUAGCCGACUUGGAGGCCAUGAACAAAGAAGACUUCUCUACCAUUGGGGCGUUUGUGCACGAGUUCAAGAAAAGGGCGAGGAAAGUGCACGGGAUUUAUGAGGAGGCGCAGUGCGCCACAUUUUUGGGGCUGCUUUCAGGCUCGGAGGCCAUAGAGCUGACGAAGCAUGGGGAAGGAAGCGAGAGGCUCACCUGGGCGACCAUUGACAAGGGAGUGGAAGAAGGGAGCCUGGACCAGGUGGAGCAGCACCAAAUGAGGUUGCGAAGGCACAAGAGGAAGGAGAGGGAUGCUACUGCAUCCGGGACCCCAGGGGUGAAGAGAAUAGUCACGGACGUGUUGGUGGCACUGGGGUAUGAUAGUGAGGCAGAACUACAGAAAAGAGUGGUGGCAGUGGCCCAAGCCCGGGCGUCAGGAGUAGGAGAUGAGGAGGCAGGGCGAGAAGACUACGGCGGAGGGGAGACGGGCUCCCAAGCCCUGACUAAGGCCCAGAGGAAGCAACGUAAUCUGCUACUGGGGGGACAGGGAUCAGGGAAAGGGCAGGUUCCCCAAGCCCUUGCCGCACCACCACCUGUCGCCGCGGCCGCCACAGAGCCCGCGCCAGCCGGAUCAUCGCACAUGGGGCCGCCGCCAUCUUGUGGAUACUGGGUGCCGCAUUGCCAAUCUACGCCCUGGCCCAGUUGUAACCACUGCGUCUCGUGUGGAAGGAGUCAGGCCCACGCGGGGCACAUGGCCCCCUAUUCAGGCCCAUCCGCAAGUAUGGGCCCCUCGAGCUACCCGGCGACUCAAAGCCAGCCCGUGACUCAACCGCCGUCCUCCCAGCAGGCCUCGCAAGCUAGUGUGGCCGGGGGAGGAGGCCAAGGACAAGGCGGGCAGGGCAAUGGGGGCCAGGGCCAAGGAGGUAGAGGAGGGGGCGGCCGGGGGCGAGGAGGAAAUGGUGGAGGCCGUGGAGGAGGCUGGAAUGGUCAAGGGGGUCAAAACCAGGAUGGCCAAGGUAGCCAGGGAGGGGGUCAAGGGUAUGGGAGGCCCCGCUUCGACUGGCGGAGCGCAACUUGUUGGCAUUGUGCCGAGGUGGGCCACACCGUACGAUUCUGCCAACAGCGGCGGGGCGACGAAAAGGCAGGAUUAAUCUUCACCUGUAUGGACGGGGAUAUAUACGACCGGUGGGGAACGCACAUUGACCCCAAGACCCCGGGAGGAAUCAGGCAGGAAGCCCUUAGGCGGGCAGCGGCCGGGCCUCUAGCAGCCCCGACAAUGUUCAGGAUAUGGCAGGAAAGGCAAGACCCGGGUGUAAGAGUCGAGGAGAUUGUGGACGAAAAUGAUGAAGUGACCCAGCAGCCGAAGGCGGGGACUAUAAAGGAGGAGCCUAUAGUUGUUGAGUCCGACGAUGAGGCGCAGGAGGUGGUGAGAGAGUCAGCCUCAACCAUCCUAGAGAGGAUGGAGGACCUGCUUGCAAAGGUCGGCAGGUAUCAGGAAUGGCUAAGGGCAAUGUGUGAAAAGGCCCGAGAGUGGGAAAUGAGCCUCCCUGAAGUGAUGCUCUAUGGGUCCGGCCCGGAGUCAUCGUCGGGACCGCAAGGGUGCCCAAGUGUGGCUACGGCUGGGACAGGUCCUAGGUCAGGGAUGACCUUCAGGCCCCCUACGUCGCAUGGAAGGGUACCACAGGCCGCGCAGACUAGGGGCCAAAGCAAGGCUACCGCCAGUCAGGUGCCUAGCCAGGCACCUAGUCGGGCGCCUCCUCGAAAGGAGCCUGAGCCUGAACGAAGGAAAGAAGUGGUGGAGGUUCAAGAAGAGGAAGAUGAGGGUGAUGACGAAGAGGACGAGAAUCUCCGGCAAGAGAAGGACCGGAGGGCGGAGCAGAGGGCCAAGAAGAGAGGGGCUCAGGGAGGGAUGGAGCCAAGCCUGCAUGAUGGCGUGCCAAAGAGGAAAAGGUACGCAGUUCGACUUGAGGAAGGUUUUGACGUGGAGCGAAUGGUGGACAAACUCCUGGAGGGCCAUAACGAUUUGAUGAACUUAAAGGACAUUUUGGCGUCGGCACCAAGGCUCCGUGGCGAGCUUAAAGGGCGGCUCUCGCGAAGGUUAAUGCCCAAUGUCCACCUGAGCUCAAUUCUGCCCAGGGAGAUAGAGUGGACAGAGGCGGGCACCAGGAUGGACUGGAAAUGUGUGGCAUGUGGGUUGGUGGACCUGAAGGUGAGGGACCAACCGAGCAUUGCAAUGGUGGACACGGGCGCGGAGAUGAAUAUCAUCCGGGAGCGGGACGCGACCAUGUUGGGGCUGGAGGUCGACCAUUCGGACCAUGGCGUGUUACAUGGCGCCAACUGCAAGGCCAUUUUCUGCGGCACCACGUCUAAUGUGAUGGUAGAGAUUGGGAGAGUAAGGGCGCGGACGUGCUUCUUCGUCAUGCCCGACGUCGACGACCCUAUUCUUUUGGGGAGGUCGUUCCUCUGCGGAACGGAGACCGUGGUCUUCAACAUGUAUGAGGGGACGAUGAUCCUGGCUCUAUCUGAUCCGGCUUGCGGAAACUAUGAAAUCAUCAAGUGCCGGAACACAGGGCCCGGAAGCGGAAGGAACAGGCUCAACCUCGGCUCCUUUACCUUCGAGGAGUUUGAGUACGCGCGACGGAGACUCCGGGAGGAGCAAGAGGAGGAAGGAGCAGGCGAGGUGUUGUCCUUGAGCCUUAACGAUGUGAAUAAGGCAAUGGAGGUGGUGGUGGCGCAUGAUAUGGCAGACCCCGAGGCCAUAAAGGCGCGGUACAAGACUAUAGACAAGAGGUGCCGCCCGGUCCCCGUGCUUGUCACGGAGGAUGAGGAAGCCUACUAUGAGCGGGAGCGAGGACUGAUAAGAUGUAUGCAGGAGCGCUCGCAGGCAGGGUCGUGCCGCAUCAAUAAUGAGAAUGAGGAAGGGCUGAUAAUUGGCGAGCCCGAGUUCCUUUCGCCCCAGGAAAGGACCCUGAUGGUGGAAACCAUGAAGAUGAGGCAUUGCGCGUAUGCGUUUAAUGAUGACGAGCGUGGGAGGUUGGACGUGGAUAAGAUCCCAAUGAUACGAAUCCAUACCGUCCCACACGAGCCAUGGAACCUGAAGGGCGCGCGGUAUCCGAAUCCGGAUGAGGAGAAGAAGGUGGUGGAUUACUUGGAUGGGAAGAUGAGGACGUAUGUGGCAGAUUACUCCAGUGGACCGUAUGCUUCCCCCUGGUUUUGUUUUAUCAAGCCAAACGGAACGCUACGGUGGGUGCAGGAUUUGCAACGAUUGAAUGCAGUGACGGUGCGGGACGCGGGAGGGUUACCGAACACGAACGCCCUGUCAGAGUCAUGCGCAGGAAGGCCUGUAAUCUCACUUAUAGACCUUUACUCUGGGUAUGACCAGUUUUCUGUAUACCCACCGGAUAGGCCAGUGACGGCAAUGCAUACGCCAAGGGGGCUGAUCCACAUGAACGUGGCACCUCAGGGGUGGACUAAUGCAGUGGCAAUGGUGCAAAGGCACAUGAUUAGGGCCAUGCAGACAGUUAGUCCACAUAUCACUCAGCCCGACAUUAACGACUUGGCGGUCAAGGGUCCAAAGGAGAAGGAGGAAGACGAAGUGAUGCCAAGAGUGAGGCGGUUUGUCUCGAAGCACGUCCAGGAUAUCGAUCAGGUUCUGGGUCUGCUGGAAAAACACAACCUGACGGCGAGUGGCCCCAAGUCGAAGCAUUGCAUGAGGGAGGCCACGAUUAUGGGCUUUGUCUGCAACGAGAAAGGGCGGAGGCCAGAUGUAAAGAAGACGGACAAGAUCCUGGAGUGGACUACCAAGUAUGCGUCAGCCACGCUAUGGUACGGAAGGCAUGCCCCCUUUCCCAUAGAAAGCUUCAUGAAGACGUGGAGGUGCCAGGAUCUGGAAGUGGACCUGUCCUUUGAGGAGCUGCUCGAUAUACGAGCACGGCAGGUGUGGGCCGUUGAAGAAAGGCUACGAGAGGCUGCUGGUCAGGUGGAGAGAAGUCGCAUGGAAGACAAGAUGAGGUCUGAUUUUUCGACGGCAGUCAUGCAGAGGGGUGGGAGGGACACAUGGCCACGCCAGGGGCCCCAGGGGAUGGAGGGAAGGGGCGAGCAGCACGAGCCGCAUAGGAGGGAGCCUACGCCUGAGUUUGAUGAUGACAACAUUGAGCUCUUCUUGGACGUAUAUCGGGACCAUGCGGCAGAGAGAGGGUGGUCAAUGGCGGAAAGGAUUCACCACUUGAGGGGCAUAGGGCGAUUCGAGGAGCCUUUCGCUCAGAUAUGUGAGGAGACCCUGACUUGGCCAGACGUGGASGCCGGGAUGCAGAGGUUGAGAGUUUCCCCUAGGGGGCGUGAUGGCAUGCCCAUUCGAUUGGAGGAGGGGAAUGCUGAUGAGUUCAUCCCCGCAUAUGAGCACUACAUGUUGAGUCUGGGGGUUGCGCAGGGGGAAUGGGUGCAGGCCCUACUUAUCUGGACGAGGCGGGCAGAGAAGCAGGCGGUCAAGCAAAUUCAGGAGAGGGCUCGAGACUGGGAGGACUGUCAGGCCCAGCUUAGGAGGGCGUUCGGAUGGCCACAACACGAGAGGCACGAGCCCAGAGUUGAGAGGCGGCGGCGAAGCAAGAGGCCAAGGGAACCGGCACCGAGAGAGGCGGGGCUGGCCAGAGAGGGACGGGGAGCCCCGGCCCAGCGGGAGGAUGAGCCAGUAGAGCCCGCAUUGGCAAGGGAGUCGUUCCCUGCUUGUGGCCUCAGGGCGGUUGAGUUUCGGCGGAUUACGAGCGAGGAGUUAAGGCCGCCCUCGCCAUUGCCAUCAACGCAGGAGCUAGACAUACCAAGAGAGACGCCGUUCCGAAGCUUGGCGACGCAUCUCGAUGUAUCCCAAUGGGAGGCCUCACGGCUGGGAGAGGGCUCAGUUGAGCCGGCGUGCUACGUGCCAUUGGAGGAGCCCCUCGACCCUGAGAUGGAGACAGACAUGCGAGACCGAGAGGAGCCGCAGGACCUUGAGAUGGCAGCCGAGCGGCCGGAUCCAGUACGACCUCAGGGGAGAGAGGUGAUCACGGUUGGGGACGAUACCCCUCCAUGCUCCCCAGCUCCAGAGCCAGCACAGCGUUCAUGGCCAGAGGGGAUUCCUGAGCCAGGCAGCGAGGAGAUCCCGGAGUUUCCCCCCAAGGCCACCACUAUACCUGAGCAGGAGGCAGAGGCGGAGAACCAGGGUGUGUGUCAGAGAGCGAGGAUGGAGGCGCUCCUUGACUUGCCCUCGGCCACGCAGGCGACCAAGAGCUCGGAUAUCGAGGAGCCCGUUUCAGCAGAGUUACCGCCAGUAGUACCGCGCGCGAGCACAGGGAUGGAGGCGGAGGCGGAGGCGUCGACUCCAGGAGACCAGGGGCCGCGAAUGGGAGGAACCCCAAGAGAGACCCGCAAAGAGAAACAGGCUGAGAUGGAGGCGGCGGGGAUAGAGCCGACACCGCCGGUCGAGCCCAAGACGAGUGAGCAGAGGAUCGACGAGUUGUGGGCUAGGUAUGAGAGCCAGAGGGAUGCAGCCCGCCWGAGGUCACGAGAGGCRGGACAGGCGGACGAGRAGAYGAGUGAGUUGAGAGAGAUGGGGGACUUGGGGUUCUCCGCGACCAGGCAGGCGAUUGAGCGCAUGGAUCGGAGGGUAUGCGAGACGGCAGUCACAUCCUUYCAGUGGUAUAAUCUACUCARCAAUGAGCUCAKRGUUAAGGAGUUGGAGGUGGAGCACCUGACUACKCAGCUUGCCGAGGAGAGGGCGAGGAGYAGGGCUAGAGAGGUUGASUGGGAGAGGAGAUUUGKGGAGAUGGCGGCCGCUGUGGRUAGGCUCUCGGCAGCCURGGAGGCUAGCCAGAUGGGGCGAGCCGGUGCCGAUAGCCAGGGCCGAGGGGUGCAGGCUUCGCCGGGUCAGGGAGCAGCGGUGGAGGUCCCUCGACAAGCCGAGCCAAUGGAGGAGGCGCCCUUGGACGUAGUCGAGAAGGAGAGUGGCGCGCAGGAGUCGCUUAUGGCUAUGUCCACGGAGAGGAGAGGUUCGCGCUUGCAUGAGCUGGCGGCAGCCAUGGGGAUAGGCACUCCACAGGAGGGGCCUCAGGGACUCGACGCUCCAGAGCAUGCCCCGAGGUUGGGGGAGUUGAGGGCGGAGUUGGGCUCCUGGGCCACGGGGACCGACUCAGGAGGGCCUGACUCGCGACGGCAACAGCAGCAGGAGGUCAUGAGUGAGCCCGCCGCUAUGGGGGGCUCUCAACCGUCAAGAGUAUGUAGGGAUGAGGCGAUGAUGACAGAGAGGGCGCAUGGAGAGGGACCCCGAGAGUUGGAUACGCCAGAGCGCGGGCCAGGGAGUGCGGCUGCACGAAGGGGUGGAGGUGCUGAGGCUAUGGAGCCCGGACCUCAGGGGCAUGUGGGGUUGCCCUCGUGUCAUGAGGUGACUACUGAGACCAUGGGGACGCCUUCGGCAUCGAGUUUGCAGGGGAGAAAGAAGAAGACUGCUAGGUGGCAUGAUACCUCCUGUUUCUGGUACAAGGAGGGAGGGCAUAGAGGCGUGGACUGUCCAGAGCUCCGUGAGGAUAAGGUCGAGGGGCGAGUUGCGGAGGUCGACGGCAAAUUUUAUGACAGACAAGGCAGGAUAGUGGAGCGAGCUCCAGAUGGGGGCAGGGCUCAGUUAUAUAAGCAGAACGAGGAGGAAUUGUGUAAGUAGGGACCGGUCUGUCUAUAUAUUGGUAGGACUAGAGAUCCUUGACUCACACAGGGUGGGGUUAGGGGUGUACAUAUCUUGAGUCAGUCGAGCGGGCCCUAGAUGUGUGUGUACAUAGGAGUGGUGGGAAACUCGUAAUGAACCUGUCAGGCCGCU